AUGUCUAAGACACAGGACUGUUGGAUCUUGAAUGUUCUCAAGAGCUUUCAUAUUUGGGAGUACUUGAGGUGGUGGCAGCAGGGCAGGUAUACAAAUGCAUAUGCAGAUGGUCUACUUUUGGGUUGCAGAGCACGGGUAGCUUGGGCAGUGGUGAGCUUGGGCUGGUUGGAUUUCUUUCCUAUUGCCUUCUUGGAAGCAGCCAAAAACGUGGUGGGUGAAGGUGUAGGAAUGGUGACAGAACCAUGGGCAGAGUCUUCCACUGAAAAAUUCUCAACAGGAGCAAUCUUUGUAGGCGGUAGAGUGGUGGUAGUGAAGGCUAAAGCAUCAGCUUAUGCAAAAGAGCUAUAUGGUGAGGGUGUACAGCUGGUUGGUUUCGAGAUGCACAAGACAGAGACAGAGACAGAAGAAUGCAGAGAAAUUAUUUAUACAUUGAGAGAGACAGACAUGCUAUUGAGUCUAAUAUUCAUAACUCCAGGAAUAGCUGAGUAUUUCAAUGACUCUGUAAUUGUUGCAAGAGUGUAA